GCUUUAUAUUAGCUAAUAUGCUGCUGUUUUGUCCGACUUGUGGUAACGUGCUUAUCGUCGAAGAGGGACAGAAGUGUUAUCGAUUUGCAUGCAGUACUUGCCCGUAUGUCCACAACAUCAAUCGUAAGGUAACUGGCAGAAAAUAUCCUAAACUUAAAGAAGUGGAUGAUGUUCUUGGAGGUUCUGCUGCAUGGGAAAAUGUUGAUUCAACUGCAGAAACUUGCCCCAAGUGUGAGCAUCCACGUGCAUAUUUCAUGCAAAUACAGACACGGUCCGCUGAUGAACCUAUGACUACAUUUUAUAAGUGUUGCAAUUCACAGUGUGGGCACAGAUGGAGAGAUUAAAGUUCAAUGUUUUUUUCUUCAACAUGAAAGCAUGCUGCAAAUUCUAAAAUCACAUUUGCCUAAUGUAGUAUUAUUCUUAGUGUACUCAAGUUGAGAUGAAUUGUAAUGUAAAGGUCCUACUAAUCACAAGAAGACUGAAGUGAAAUAAAGGCAGUUGGUGUUUAACAUACAUGUUUAUUAAUAACAAGAAAAAUAAUGAAAACUAAAGACAUAAUCCGUGCUUAUAGCAAAUAUGUGAGUUGACCUAUCGUAAAUGCAGCUCUAACAUUAAUGUUCUGUUUUAAAAGGUAACAUUACUAUGGAUAAAUUCUUUAAGUAAAUAAAAUGAGCCUAAU